AUGGUGCUGGAUAGGCGGCCACCGUUUGAGGUUACUGAGUUGCCUGGUCGAGGAAAAGGGCUAGUAGCAACUCAUCAAAUCAAGCAAGGGCAAUUGAUUAUGACGGAGAAACCACUAUUUAUCCUCCCUAAUGCAAUCUCCUCUUCGCCUACCAAGCUCCUCAACGAUGUCACCUCACAGCUCACACCUUUUGAGCAUGCACAAUAUUUCAACCUCUCGUAUCCCUCUCAUGUCGUAUCAUCCCCUGAUGAGGUGGCGCUUUCGAUCUUCAUGACGAAUGCUAUUGCGGCGGGUGAAGACGAAGCAGGGAUUUUCCCAGUUACAGCUAGGUUGAAUCAUGGGUGUUCCAGGGCGUUCAAUGUGGUGUACCAUUGGAGGGAAGAGAAGCAUGAGUUGGUUGUCCAUGCUUUGAGGGACAUUGAACCGGGUGAGGAACUACUUACAACAUACACCGACACAAAGAAACCGCGAGCGGUACGAAGAGAAUAUCUUUCCCAACAUUAUCAUUUCCAGUGCAAUUGCGCUGUUUGUUCUCUUCCCGACAAUGAAUCCCAAAAAUCCGACGAUAGACUCGUGCGCUAUGCAGAAAAUCGUCUUGCCCUUUCGUCGUGGGCUAGCGGAAGGAUCGGAGGUGUAGAUGCGAUUAGGCUCGUUAAGGAGAUAUGGUCUAUCGGUCAAGAAGAAGGGUAUCUAAGCGAGAGAGGACAGUUAGCCCUGGAUGCCGCCUACGUGUGCGCUGCGCAUACGGAUGUCGAAGCAUUUAAAGCAUGGAUACGCCUCGCCAUCAAGUGGACUGCGAUUGAACUUGGGAGAGAUGACGAAAAAGUAGCCGGGCUCAAGGCACUUUCGGAUAGACCCGAGUCUCACCCAGAGUGGAAUACGAGGCCUCAUUUGAUAUUGCCUCUGUUACAGUAG